AAAACAAACGUAAAUAAAAUAAGAAAAAAAUCCAACUGAUAAAUUUCAAACUUAUAUCGAAAAAUUUAAAAAAAAGAAGAAGAAACUAUUUGAAUGCGCGUGUAACGGUUGAGUUUAAAGCGUGUUUUAUGUAAUAAAUUAAUUAUGUUACAUUUCAAAAUUCGUAAACUUUUGUAACUAUCAGUACAAGACAUUUUUGAUUGAAAAAUGGAGAAGAAUAAUGAAGAGAAGGAAGAUUUCAGAAGUUGGCUGAUUGCAUUUGGAGCUUUUAUUAUAAGUGUCCUAGUUAUGUGCCCUUACAGAUUAUCUGGAUUAGUGUAUGUGGUUCUUAUAGAAACGUACGAAACAGACAGAAAAUUAGCCGCAAUGCCAAUAGUCAUAUUUAUUUUAAUGACCAGCAUAUUAGGACCUCCAGCAGGACUGUUGGGGCAAAAGCUUGGAUCAGAGAAAAUUACACUGUUAGGAGUUUUAUUAGCAGCUUUGGGAUUCAGUGGAGUAUAUUUCGCAGAAAACAUUACAGUUGUCAUAAUCUUCUUAGGAUUUAUCUAUGGAGCUGGUUUGGCUACAGGAACUUUUUUCUUACCUAACAUUAUAAAGAAAUACUUCAGAAAAAACCUUAACACAGCCAUUGGUAUAGUUAAAUGUGGAUCUUGCGUUGGAGCUUUAAUUUUCCCCCCAAUGGCUAUCUAUUUGCUUGACAUUUACGGAACAGCUGGUACUUUUCUUGUUGUAGCAGGAAUUAUGUUGAAUGGUUUACCAGUAGGUUUAUUAAUUAUGAUGGUUGGUAAAGAUGUUGAAACUUUGCACAAACCACCUGAAAUACUGCUACAGGAAAAAACCGAAAUCGACAAACCCCCAGAGAGCAAAGUAAAGAAUAAAAUCAAAGACGAUAUUUCAGGAAAAGAUCUCUUUGCUACGCUGAAAGAAACGAGAACUGAUUGUCCCUUGAAAUCUACGUGUGUUUUUACAUCGAAAAAGUCAACCGAGGAUCAUAGCAGUGACGAGGAACAAUCGAAUAAAAAUGUGUUACAAUUCGAGAAAUGUAAUAAUUUCAAAAAAAAUUCGAGUGCUACGUCGAGUAAAAAUCCUGUUCAAUCUGCUUCAGUAAAAAAUACUGAUGCAAGUAUAACUAAAGUUGAUAAAGAUAAUAAUGAAACCCAAUCUAACGAUUUGGAACAAAAAAGCAAUUCCAUAAGUUAUAACAGUGACUGCGAAUUAUCAAAUGAAAUUAUAUUAGUUUCAUCAACAAACAAUAUGAGUGAUGAUUUAAGCAUUUCAUCAAAUGGUACUUUCAUAAACAAUGAUGGACGUCAUAAUAAUGAUAGCGAACAAUCAAAAGAAGCUACGUUAUUAUCAUCAACAAAUAGUACGAGAGAGGAUUUCAGUAUCUCAUCGAACGGUACUUUUACAAACAAUGAUGAAAGUCUAAACAAUGACUGCAAACAAUCAAACAAAGCUACAUUGUUUUCAUCAACUAACAGUACGAGGGAUAAUUUGAGUAUAUCAUCCAUUGAUACUUUUACAAAUAGUGAUGUAAUUCAUAACAGUGACUAUGGAGAAUCGAAUGAAUCAUUGUAUUCAACAUCGAAAUGUAGCAGUACUGAUCAUUUUAAAGAGGAUUUUAAUAUUUUGUCACCUAAUGUUAUUAUUUUAACUGCUCCCGAAACAAAUUUCAAUUUAAAUAGUAAAUAUAUGGGUAGCUCAAUGCAGACGAAUAACAGUUCAUUCAAAAGGAAAAACUAUGAUAACUAUAGUGGCAACGGAAAAUCAAACGAAAUCGCUUUACCAUCUUCAGGUAAUAGCGCAGCAGAAAAUUCUAACACAGCUUUUAAUGUUUCGAUAAAAAGCACCAGCAAAACUAAAAAACAUGCAUUUUGGAGUUCUCUCAAAGUUUUUAUGAACCCAAUCUUUUUAGUUUUGGUAACAAUCAUGAGCAUUCUCGCUUACAUUGUGACAUUAGUUUGGACAACUCUUAUCGACUAUUCAAGGGAUAAAGGACUACCAAAAAAAUACGAAGUGUAUGUUUUAAUGUUUCCUCCCUUGUUUGAUUUGGUUGGACGAAUCGGUUUUUUAUGGGUGGUAGACAAAGGUUUUGUGGGAUACACAAUGUUUCAAAUGACGACAUCUUUAAUUUGUGCAAUAUCUGUUUUGGGAUUGAUACUAUGCUCAAGUUUUGUAAUGUUGAUGACUUAUUCAUCAAUUUUUGCUUUGAUCACAGGGGCUCAAAUAGCUAUAGCUCCUGGCUUGAUAUUUAAGUUUUUAGAAAAAGAAGAACAAAUGAUGGCCAUGGCCAGUAGAAAUAUCUUGUACGCUCCACUUAGUUUUACAGUGGUUCCCCUUAUAGGAUACUUCAGAAAUGAAUUAAAAUCUUAUGAUGGUGUCUACUACGUUAUUAUUGCUCUGUCCUUAAUUAGUUUUGCAUUAACACCUCUCGCAAAUCUAUUUUUAAUAGCAAAAAAGCGCAGGAAAAUGAAAGCUUUGGAAAUGGAUAUUGUUGCAUGACGUCACACAAAUGUUAUAUACAUAUUCCAUUUGUAUAAUAUUAUCUUACUAGAAUAAAAAGAGAUAAAAAAGACGUAAGAAUUUUUUAAGUUCCUUUUUCAAUCAGCAAAAUAAAAACUAAAGGAGGCUCAGCCUUUUGCCCGCCAACUUCCGCGAUCGCUACGCAAUAAUUUUUUAUUUCUUGGUGGUAAACAUAUUUUCUCAUCAAAAUUAUACAAUAUUCAAUUUUAAAAAAAACAAAUAUAUUUUAAUGUACAAGCUGUUGUGAGCAGAUUUUCUUUCUAUAAAAAUAUAAAAUUAUUCUAAAUAAACACUUAAUGCAUAACUAACUAUUUAACCCUACUUAAACUAUUACGUAAGACUACCUAACAAAAUUUCUAACUAUAUAUAAAAAUCUAAUGAUGGUGUCGUAGUUUACCAUUGUUGUCGGUGCAUUUUUAUUGGCAGAAAAAUCACAUGGAAGGAUCCAGUUUCCCCACUUAAUUUUUCAUAUUGGUUUGGUUGUCAUCAGCAUAAAAUUC